AUGAGUGUUUCUCACAGGGGUACAGAGACACUUGAAUCUUUAAUACGAGAUACAGAAGCACUCGACAUUGGUAUACAAUUUAAUCCCUUGAAAGAUAUUAUAUUAGAGCUUGCUAAUAGAGUGGAUUUUGCAAUUAAAAAGACCACUACCGUGCAAAAAGUUGACGAUUCCACCACGUUAGAAGACAUACAGAAUAUAAACAGAAAAAUAUCUGAUUUACAAAAGACUCAAGAGAAAAAUGGAAAAGAAUAUUCUGAAGAAAUCAGAGAAUUAAAGUCUUUCUUUUCUUUCCAAAUCAAAGAUGUUAAGGAAAAAUUUGAUAAAUCAUUAGCAAAUAUGCUCGAUACCAUAUCAACUGGCGAAAUGAAUAAACCAAUUGCCGAACCAAUACCAACAAGCACAAAAUCAUUUGAUGAUAACCAAUUGGAAGAAGAUUUAAGUACACUUAAGAAGAGAUUUGAUAACUUUUUAAUUCAAUAUAAUCAACAAUAUCAAACAACUCAGCAAUUAUUACAAUUAUUACAACAAACUCAGUCAGCUGAACCAAUCAUUACCCCAAUACCUACACAAACCCCUUCAGCAAACCCCAAAUCAGAACCAACUUCUCCGAAGAAAACAACUUCAUCAAGAACAGGAUCUACAACAAAAGAAUCAGAAAAUACAGUCGAACAAGCACCACCCCAACCUUCUGAAGAAAAUAAAACUGAAGUUGUUGAAGAAAAACCAGUAAUUGAAGUUCAAGAAAAAGAUUUUCAUCCAGAGACACAAACAAAUCCAAUACAAGACGCAGUAACAAUAGAAAGUCCUAAAUCAGAUACAAAAGAUCAAGUUCCUUCACAGCAAAUCUCAUCAGUACCAGUUUCAUCGAGAAGCGACCCAAGGAUUGAUGAUAUUCUUAUACAACUCAACGCUCUACAAGAUGGAAGAAAGGCUGAUAACGAAAGAAGCAGCCAAAUGGCUAAAACAAUUAAUAAAAUUAUCGCAGAAGCAGAAAACCAACGAAAAGACCACUUGCAAUUUAAGACAGAGCUAUCAGGAUACUCAUCAGAAUUCGAACGUUUACUUGAAAAGAUCACAGAAAACGCCGUUGCAAUGGAAAAAUUAGAUAAAUCACUUACUCAACGUCAAUAUGAAAUACAAAACGAAGUUUUACAAUCACAAGCAACAUUACAAGAUUUUAUCAACAAAUACAAGCCAAACGAACCUUCUGUAAGUCCGGAUGAAAUAUCUAACAUAAAAUCUAGCAUCGAAACAAUUCAAAAUGAAAAAACAAAUACAGAUGCACGCAUAGAAGGAUAUAUUAAUAGUCUUAAGCUUGAAAUCGAAAGUCUUAAAAAUUCAUUAAAUGAUAUCAAGUCAAAACCAGAAAAGACCAAAUCUACAAAGCGCUUAUCCCAAGCCAAACAAGAGAGUGCUAAAAGUUCUUCAAGAAGUACAACAUCUUCAAGAAUACUUCAAAAAGAACAGUCAAAACUCGAUACUUUGGUCGAAGAAGCCAAGAAUGAACCUGCAGAACCACAAACUCAACCAAAUAUUCAACCCGAGAAGCUUCCUUCAUCGAGAUCUACUGUAUCAACAGAUUUACCUGAAGAACAACCAGUUAAGACCGUAAAGCAGAGAUUGAUGCCUCUUGAUAUCCCUACAAGCACAGAGUACUUCGAAACUGAAACUCAAACAGAAAUAAAUCAAAUUCCAGUUACAAGGUAUUCCAUUGCCACUCCAAUUGAUUCGAAGCCAAAUGAGAUUGCAGUACAUGAAAUACUACACAAGGAUGCAGAAGUAGUUAAAGUUUCUGAACAAAAAUCUGAAGUAAUUCUUUCUCCAAAGGAAACUACAAAGCCAUCGAGAGAAAUGUCACAACCAUUCAUUGUAGAAAAGAUCAUUGAUCUCUCUACAAAGGAAUACAGACCAUCUUCCCCUGUUACUCCAAAUCAAUCUGUUAUUACACCGAAAGAAUUCACUUUCGAGCAUCUUUCAACGGUAACAAUUGUUUCUGAGUACAAACCACCUCCAGUCAUCCUUCAAGUCGACGACGCAAACCAAGACUCCAUCAAGAAAUUACAAGAUUCAUUAACUUCCCUCAUGAACAAAAGUGACAACGAACAUUUCAAGUCCAUUGAGAGCUUAAUUUCAGUCCAGCAGGGCCAAAUCAACAAGAUACAAGAUCAAGUAAACUCAUUUAAGAACAAGCCACAGAUUGUCUAUUCGAAUGCCGUUUCACAAGCCUCAAUUGAAAUUCCACAAAAGAUAUCUAACCAAGAGAUUCCUCAAAUUGUCACACAAGAGGAACGCGCCUCAUCACCAGUUAGUAGAGGCUUUUUUUCAUCGCGUACAGCCGAUGUUUUACCAAAUACUUCAGCAAUAAUCGUUGGACCAGACGGAUCUACUUCAAAUGGCAUAGCAACAGCUGUUACUUCCAACGAUCCAACACCAAAUCAGCCUCUUUCAAAGGCAAGUUCCAAGUCAUCCCUGAAAGAAUCUCGUCCUGUAACUCCUGCAUCUAAACAGCAAUCAAGGCCACAAUCAGUUGAAUCCCAAAAGCGACCAGCAACAGCCGAAUCCUCCAAAUCCACAAAGGAAAAGCCAAAUAACACGCUUGUUCAUGUUAUUCAAGCAGAUAUCCCUGCUCCUAAGAAGAUGACUGCCAUUCCAACAUAUAUUCCAUCAACAGGAGACAAACCAGAUGCUGCAGUCGUCAAAAUGAUUAUGGAUCUCCAACAACAUAUGGUAGAUUACGAAAUGGAGAACCAGCAGAAGAAAGAAGAGCUCGAACAUGUAAUUUCCAGACUGGAUUCAGACGAAAAACAGAUAAAUAACAUAAUUAGUACCAUGAGAUCCCUUAAAUCUUCAAUUAAAUCUCAUAAUUCUUCAGAAAAGAUACAAAAGCAGGAGAAAACACCGAAACAAGAACAUACAUCAUAUAAACCACCUGAGAAAGAACUUGUUAAGCCAAAACAUGCUUCUCCUCCUCAAUCUCCAAAAGAAAAAGUUUUAGAGCGAGAACCGCCAAAGGAAAUCGCUCCAGAAGCACCCAAAGAAACAAACAAACAGGUAACAAUCCAGUUACCUGCAGAAGAAGAGUUACAAGCUGAAGAAGAAACGAAAUCAAAUUUGGAAAUAAAAGAAAAACCAGAAGAAGCACCUAAAUUACAACCAAGUAGAAGUAUGGACCAACUACAACAGGUUACUGAAGAGCAAUUACGUAUAUUUAGAGAUGCAAUCACUGAUUUGAGAUCUCGAAUCCAAAUUUUGGAGAAAUCAAGAAGAGAUGCCGUUUUAAUGAACAGCAACCAUCAAUUACCAAUUGAUAACAUAUCAGAUCCUAAUUUGGCCGGCCAAAAUCAAAUUAAUUCCAAUUUUGAUAACCAAAUCCGGAGUUUGAGAAAGAGAUUUGACGACCAAAUCAGUAAUUUGGACAUGACAACCAAAGAUCAGAGGCAGGAACUCUACAAUUUCAUGAAAUCAGCUCAAGAUCAGAAUUCAAAAAUUGUAGAUUCAGUUUCUCAUCUUCAAGACGACGUCAGGAACCUUCAAAUUGCCAUGGAGAAGGUCAAAGAUGUCCAAUACACCGCCCCACCUCCUUCUCAGCCUUUAACAAUGCCACCAACUCUUGAUUUGGACAAAUUCCAAAUUAAAAAGAACAAGAAACCGAAAUUCGAUGUUCCAAACGAACCUCCUGUUCUAAACAUCACUACUUUAGAUGUUCCAGAAGUCAAUGAUGAAAGUGGACCAGACACUCCUAUCAUUGUUGAAACGAAACCAUCAUCAAAAGUAGAAACAAAAGCAGUAACUCCUAAACGAGUAAAUUCAUCACAACAACUUCAUAAACGACCAACUUUGGAUCAAUUGAUUGAAGUUGCUUCACAGAAUGAAGAUGGAACAAUGCAGAUUCCUGAUAACAUCAUUCCCGAACCAACAAAUGCUCCUGCUCCUUCAAUAACAAGUGAAGAUGAACAGCCAUUCUUCGGCAGAAGAAUUCCUCAGCCUGUUGAAGAAGUUACAGUUAUGAAUGCCGAGAGAAGACAAGACAUUUUAGAGACGAUGUUGCCAUAUUUAGUUGACUUGAGGACAGACUUACAAAUGAAGAUUGACAAUGCUGUUGAAAGAACAAGAGUUGCUGAACAGAAUGUAACAAACAAAGUUGAUAAAGACUAUGUUGAGAAGUUCUUUAGAAACAUGAGAUAUCAGAUGACAGAAGUUGUUGAAAGGGUUGAACAAGUUCAACAAGCUGUUCCUGAUAGAGUAACUCAUGAAGAACUCAAAGAGUUUAUCAAUGAUUUGUAUCAUACUUUGUCUAAAGAAACAUCUACACCUGCAGGAACUGUUUCUUACAAGUGUUUGUUCUGCGGACAGACAAGAAAUACUAUUGCUGGCUUGAUAACUGAUCCGAAAGUAGCUGAUGCAUUGGGAGAAGUUCCAAAGACAAGAGCCGCUUCAAGAGGAGGAAUUAUUUACGGAUCUGAUAAACAGGCGUAUAAAGGAACAACAAAGUAUGGAAAACCUACUGUUGCUUCUUCUUUGGAUAAGUAUUUGCCUCCACUCAAAUCUCCAACAGAAUCAAAAUAA